GCGCGGUAAGGCACCGCGGCCUCAGCCUAGAGCAGAAGAUGAAAGAGAUUGUUAGUCAGUACCCAAACAAAAUGGCGCUACCAUUCCCGUAUGAGAUCAAGGACGUCACUGAAGAGGAGGACAAAAUUAUAAAAAAGUAUUACAAAGAGUAUAAGAGACCAUUCAUCCGUAUCGGUCCACAUGGCUACAUUCUAAACGCAGGCUAUAGGGAUUACGCUUCUGAGAUCUACAACUUCGAAGUAAGGCUUGAUGAUGUAUGGGUCACCACAUUCUCUAGAUCAGGAACAACGUGGUUACAAGAACUGGUAUGGUUGGUAGCCAACAACCUGGACUUUGAGACAGCGAGAAGCGAGUCGCUAACCAAAAGAUUUUCCUACAUGGAGUACACGACCCUCACAUUGGAGAUUCGUGGUGAGCAAGAAUCAGAUCCACGCGCCCCCCGAGCGACACACGAAGAUUUCCGAAGUUUGCCGAAGUUGCCAUCGCCGAGGUUCAUCAAGUCCCAUCUACCGCUGUCACUGCUCCCGCCUAAAUUACUUGAUACAGCUAAAGUGUUCUACAUAGCUCGUGACCCUCGAGACGUAGCGGUAUCGUUUCACUUCGCACACAAACUAUUCAGAUACUUCGACGACAAUGUUCAGCUCAAGGAGUUCUGGGACCUGUUCAGGAAAGAUUUAAUACUUCACACCCCUAUAUUCCCUCACGUUGUAGAAGCUUGGGAAAAACGUAAUCAUCCCAAUUUGAUGUUUUUGUUCUACGAAGAUAUGCAAAAUGACCUACGCAGCGUCAUAGAUAAGGUCUGCAAGUUCCUUGACAAAGAGUACACAGACGAGCAGAAACAACAGCUGAUGGUUUAUCUCGACUUCAACAACAUGAAGAAGAAACCGAUGACGGACAACAAGAAGGAAGGUGAAAACGAAAUCACGUUCUUUAGGAAAGGGAAAUCCGGGAACUGGGUGCAAUAUUUCGACAGCGAAAUGACUCGGGAAGCUGAAGAAUUUAUGGAGAAGAACUUGAAACUAACCGACAUGCGAUACCCUACUGUUAAUAAUUAA